AUGGCGAACCGAUGGCCCGAUAAUAACUUCAAUGAUUCCGAAGUCAGUAACGUGUUUCAGUUGGCCCAAACAUUCGAGUUACAUUGCGCCCAAGUUUAUGAGCAUGCCGCGAGCCAUCCCGAAGAUGCGGCCUCGGCCGAAUACGUGAUGCAGUUAGCAUUACAGGCUUAUCGGACAGUUCACAGCCUUCAUAUGCAAAAGCUGGAGUCAUCCUAUUGGGAUUUGAGUACCGCGACCGCGCAACUAGAGAGCAAGAUCUCAGAAUUUCACAAAGAGCGCAAGUUACCAUCCUCCGAACACAUUUCACCUCUCGACGAACAUCUCGAUACCGUUUCCCCUCCAUUGAGCGAUCAGAUCAAUGGUACCCCCGAUUCCACCCUGGGACGUGUUAUUACCAGUGAAUACGAUGACGAUGACGAUGACGACGAGAGUGACUCGGAUUGGGAAGAGUCCAAAGAGGAAUCAGAUGAUGAUUACUAUGAAUAUAACGAGGGCUCUGAUUGUGAUUCUGAGUUGGACAUCAUAAUGGAAGCAGAUGAAGUAGAUAUUGUGGAAAAUUCAGAGGCCGAGGAAUUCACGAAAAACCCUGCCCCAGAAGUUUCCAAUGGAGAAGAAAUCGAACAUUGCACCGAGGACAAAGAAGCACAAUCUCCCGUCCCAGCCCUACUAGACCAAGCAGCUAUGCAUGACAGAAUUACUGCAGCAUUACGAGCAAUGGCUAUAAAAGAAGAAACUCCCGACCGAACCCCACAAACUCAACCCGAGACUCACGCCGACGACGCAAAACUAUACACCGUUCCCACAUCCACAGACGAUGGCCACAGUGAAGCUACAACCGUGCGCCUGGAUUCGAACCCAGCGGAAUCACUUAAGACUUCGACAACGUUAGCAGGUGUGGGCGAAACCCGAACAAAUAUCGAUGUAACCCAUCUUCAUCGAAAAUUGUCAGCGCAGACCACACCCAAGGGAACCCCUCGGCGAUUGAAGACAGUCUGUUACAAGUAUAUUCGGAAGGCGAUGGUUCCUAUCCGGGGCCAAGCUCAUUAA